GCUGCCCGCUGCAGCAUGGCAAAUUCCGCCAUCGCGGUGCCUCUGGGCGCAAAGCCAGCAGCAGGACAACUCAUCGAACACAAUGGAAAGACAUAUGAAACCAUCCGAGAGGGACAAGCCUACAUCUUGAUCCCUCCAAAUACACAACAACACGUCACUCCACCGCAACAAGCAAAAGCGAAGGGCAAGGCCGAUGAAGGUGUCAAGGCACAGAGUGUUUUUUACAAUCCCAUCCAACAGUUCAAUCGCGAUCUCAGUGUGCUGGCUAUCAAAGCUUUUGGGGAUGACUUUCUGCACCGGAAGAAGGUGCAGAAAGAAAAACAUCGUCAGAAGAAUGAGAAGAAGAGUAACAAUAAGCGGAAAAUUCCUGGUGAGCGCGAUGAGGGUGGCGUGAAGCUACGAAAGACUGAUGCGGGCCCUGUAAAUCCAGAGAAGGAGCCCACUGCCAAUGGUACUGCUGCAGAAAGCAACGCGAUCCAAGUCGAGGUGGUGCCUACGAGUGCUGUGGCAGUGGAGAUAGAAUCUGCUCAGGUGACUGGUCCAUCAGAGCUACAAUCGACGGCGGAUGUAGAACUAGAGCAGAAGUCCGAAGUGACAAAGGUUCAAACUGGGCCUCGUUUUCGGAUUCUGGACGCGCUGUCUGCCACAGGGCUUCGUGCACUUCGGUAUGCACAUGAGAUCCCGUAUGUCUCCGCAGUGGUUGCAAAUGAUAUGAAUCCCAGCGCCAUCGAGAGUAUGAAAUUGAAUGUAGAACACAACGGCCUGGCCUCCAAGAUCACACCAAAUUUGGACAAUGCGAUAGGCCACAUGUAUCGUGUCGCAUAUGCCGAACCAGGCACACAUGGUCCACAGCACGUCAAUCAAAAGUAUGAUGUGGUCGACCUGGAUCCAUACGGCACCGCAGCGCCCUUCAUAGAUGCAGCGCUUCAGUCCCUGAAUGAGGGUGGAUUGCUGUGCGUCACUUGCACAGACUCUGGAGUCUUUGCCUCGACCGGCUAUUGCGAGAAGACGUGGUCUUUGUACGGAGGAGCUCCAAUCAAAGGCCCUCACAUGCACGAAGGCGGUCUCCGCUUGAUCAUCAACUCAGUCGCCACAGCUGCAGCAAAGCAAGGUCUCGCAAUAGAGCCUCUUCUUUCACUCAGCAUCGAUUUCUACAUCCGAACCUUCAUCCGAGUCAGAAAGUCUCCGGCCGACGUCAAAUUUCUCUUCGGCAAGACCAUGGACGUCCUCGGCUGUGAUCACGGUUGCGGAGCCUGGACCAUCAACAUGCGAGGACGGAACACAAAACAGAUUGGCAAGAACGAACAAGUCUGGUGGAAGCAUACCAUUGGGCAAGGACCUCCUGUCGACCACCUCUGCGAGCACUGUGGAUCCAAGAGACACCUGGCCGGACCCAUGUGGGCAGGGCCUAUUCACAAUGCAGCUUUCGUAGGAAAGAUUCUCGAGGAUCUCGAAACUGUCGAUGCCGAAGUCUACAAGACCAAACCACGAAUUGAAGGCAUGCUGUCCACAGCGCUCGAAGAACUUCAGGUCAAUGACGAAGUCUUAUCAUACAAGCCCUCCUCUCAGAGAAGCGAUUCCGACGAAGUCGUCCCCAAAGUGCCACCAGAAACCCUCGAUCUCCAUCCCUUCUUCUUCAAUCCUUCUGCAGUAAGCAAAGCAAUCCACUGCGUCGCACCUCCAGACGCUGCAAUACGCGGUGCACUUCGCCACGCUGGGUACAGAGCGACUCGCUCGCAUUGCCAAGCUGGGAGUAUCAAGACGGACGCACCAUGGAGUGCUAUUUGGCACGUCAUGACGGAGUGGACGCGACAGAGACAUCCCGUCAAAGAAGGCGCAUUAAAAGAAGGGAGCGCGGGCUAUACCAUUAUGAAGCGGGCGAGAGAAGCUUGGGCGGCUGAGGAAGCUGCGACCAAGGCGGCGAACCCUGAAACGACUGCUUCUUCCAAGGACAGCACUCCCGCUAUUACGACCGAGAAUCAGGCAGACUCUUCUUCUGCCAUUCAUACUAAUACUGCUGUUUCUGCUGCUACUGCAGCUGUUGCAACGAAUGACGAGGAAGAAAAAGUCAAAGCCCGACGAAAAGUCGUUUUUGAUGAAGUUCUCGGUCGAGACAGAUCUGCGAAACGACUGGUGCGAUAUCAGCAGAACCCAAGAGAGAAUUGGGGUCCUAUGACAAAGCAUAAGGGUAAUGCAUAAGUACCUACAUGUACCUUAUAUGUACCUGACAUGUGGCUACUAUGGGCAGGUAGUUUCCCGAUCGAAACCACUGCAUGUACCUGAGUCCAUACCUACCUAAGGUACCUGACCUAAUUGACAUUGCCUGACUACUGGUACAUUACACAGCGAGCAAGAUGCGAAUAGAACCUCGAUCUUUCCCUUCCCAGCCGCCCGCCCGCCUAGGUUAGUCCCGUCCGAUGGAUGACCGGGGUACUGACUCGGUGUCGACCUCAUCUCAUCCUACCUCACCUCACCUCACCUCACUCACUACUCCUUCUGCUCCUCUGACUCUUCUUACUCUUUUUUGACUUACUUAUCUUCCUCAAUUUAUAACACUUAACCCUAUCUUUCCACCUACCACUUUGCCACCAGCGUGAAGACAUGUGCGUCAAGAUGUGCGCGAAAUGAUAAAAGGAUAUGCAUAAUCAC